ACAUGAUGUUAUAAUAUAAAAAAUUACAUUUAAUAAUAAUUAAUCACAUUUAACGAUCAAUACACUUGAAUUAUCAAAAGAAACAUUUUUUUUAUUUGUUCAGUACGACUAUCAGUAUGCUCUAGUUUUUAUGAUUUUCUUUUUUAUUAUUUGUGUUACUUGUUGGUUACUUCCCAUCAACAACUUUUAAUCAUCUGUGUCUCUUGGAUAGUUGGAUACCUUAUAUGGUUCGUAAUAUGUACUACUCUGUUUCAAUAAUUCAGCUACUGCGGUGACACCGCCAAGACAGUAGAAACGUACAGUCACCACAUCAGUGAUUGCAGAUUACAAUAAAUUAUUAAGUACACUAAACUUAAUACUAUUAGCUUUAAAGAGAAACUUAAAUAACAAUAAAUACAAAUAAUAUAACUAUAAUAAUUAUUGAACACAUUUUUUUGUCUUGGAACAAGAUUAAAAAGAUAUUUAAAUCUCUACAAUGGAAUUACGAAGCAAGAAAUUUCUAGAAGAAAUUAAAUAUUUCAGCUUGAUUUGACUAAAAUGUAUCUACUAUACUCUGUUUCAAAAGAAAAUAGACUUGGCGACGACUGGCUCCUAUCCUGCAUAAGGUACAAUACAGCAUUCAAAUUAUUUGGCAGAAAUGCAAAAAAGUGUGCAGAAUUGGUAUAUUCUUCUUUGGAACAUAGUAUAUGAAUACAUCAAAUACGGGCUGCAAAAUCCAGAUAAAUCAACCAACUCUUAAUCACCAACUUCAAACCAUUAAUAAUCUACAUCAUCUUGUUACCAUGUAAUGGUACGAAAAAUAAAUUUGAGUUGAUAUGUGUGUUAUUUUAGCAGAAGCCGAGAAAAUACGUGAUGCGUUAUUUGCGGUAGGAUGAACGACACCAAAAKGAGUGAUCUUCCUGGUAGUUCGAAGACACGUGAAAGCGAACGCUUUGCAUGCAAUAUUUGUAACAUGUCAUUCACUCAAAAUAGUCAUUUGACUAAACAUGGACGAACACACGCAGUCGUGGAGCCGUAUCCAUGUGAUAUUUGCGACAAGUCGUUUGCUGACAACAGUCAGCUCAUGAAGCACCGACGGAACCACAUGGUUGAGAAACCCCACAAGUGUGAUUUUUGUGAAAUGUUUUUUGCUCAAGCCAGUCAUCUAAACAAGCAUCAACGGUCGCACAUGGGUGAUAAACCGUUCCCGUGUGACAUAUGUGACAAGGCGUUCGCUGAUAAAAGCCAUCUAAAAAGACACCGGCGAACUCACACAGGUGAGAAACCUUACCCAUGCGGUGUGUGUGACAAAUCGUUUGCAGAUAGUGAUGGUUUGACGAAGCACUGGCGAUGGCACACGGGCGAAAGACCUUACCCUUGCAAUAUGUGUGAAAAGUCAUACGCCGAUAGCAGUAGUCUAACGAAGCACCGGCGGUCGCACACUGGCGAGAAGCCGUACUCGUGUGAUGUUUGCGACAAAUCCUAUUCUCAAAGCAGUCAUCUGACGAAGCACCGACGUACACACAUAACCGAUAAACCGUUUUUGUGCGAUAUAUGUUUUAAAACGUUCACUGAUGGCGAUUUUCUUACAAAACAUCGCCGGACGCACACAGGUGAAAAACCAUACCCGUGCGAUGAGUGUGAAAUGUCGUUCGCUCAAAGCAGCAAUCUUACAAAGCACCGGCGGACGCACACUGGUGAAAGACCUUACCCGUGUGAUAUCUGUGAUCAGGCAUUCGCCGUUAGCGCCAGUUUAACUAAACACCGUCGGACGCACACCGGCGAAAAACCGUACCCGUGUGAAGUGUGUGACAAAUCAUUUGCUGAUAGUGGAAGUCUGACAAAGCAUCGGAGGACACACACUGGUGAAAAACCCUAUUUAUGUGAUGUGUGCGAUAAAUCAUUCGCAAUUAACGGUAAUCUGACGAAACACCGCCGGAUACACACGGGCGAGAAACCUUACUUAUGUGAUGUGUGCGAUAAAUCGUUUGCUGAUAGCAGUGGUCUAACGAAACACAAGCGAACGCAUACGGGUGAGAAACCUUACUUUUGUGAAGUUUGUGAAAAGUCGUUCAGUGAUAGUGGUACCCUGAAGAAACACCGGCGAAUAAAGCACACACAACCGGAUCAGUCAAACAUGGCAAAAGAUGUCACUACCCUGCCCGACGUAUGAUGGUGACAAAAAUUAUACAUUCAAUUUUGUAAUAGUAUAGUUAAUUAUUUCGAUAUUAUAGUCACAUGACUGGUGGAUACAAGAAGUCAAAUAAAUAGAUUUGACGAUUAAAUGAUCCAUAGUUUUUAAAAAUUUAAUCAUAUAUUAUACUGAAACUUAAAAGUUAAGAGCUGUUAUGGUUGCAUAAUUUAUUAUACUGUUAUUCUAGAUAAUAAUAAAUGCGUUUUUAUAAGAGAUAGUUAAUUGAUUAAUAAUUGACUCGAUAGCUGAGAGGCCAAAAGUUAUAAAAUGUUUAAUUUUACUAAAAAUCGUUUUGAAGUCCAUUAUGGCAAUCUGGUUUGUCUUUGCAUUCGACAAAACAUCAUCAUAGUCAAUAUCAAAAUUAAAACAUGUUUAAUAGAUACUUUAAGUUUUAUGAUUUUAGAACAUAUUUAUUACAA